AUGGACCUCCUGCUUCUGCUUCUGAUACUGCUGGUGUCCCAGCCACUAUCUGGAAAACUUAGAACGAAGUGCCUUCUGAAUUUCGAGCACCAGGAUGGAAAAAGACCAUGGAGCUACUACAGGGCAGGAGACCAUCUCAUUAGUAUCAUCACCACUGCAACAGAAGAAUUGCCUAUAGUGCUCCCUUUCAAUGCGGCUCCUUAUAGUCAGUUUAACUCCUUACCCUUUAGUGAGUCAAGCAUACUAUGCUUCAUUUUCAAUAUUCACACGGUUAACAAAGAACUCCAAUUCCUGCACAACCUCACCCUUGGCUACAACAUCCACGACAACUAUUUGAACACCCUUGGCACUUCAGAUGCCUUGCUGGACAUUCUCUCCACUGGAGAAGCCAAUGUUCCCAACUACAGCUGUGGAAGAAAGGACAACAUUUUGGUUCUUCUCGAUGCAAGUGACAGUGACAGCUCCAUCCAGAUGUCAACAUUAGUAGGCACUUACAAAAUCCCACAGUCUCUGCCUCAAUCCAAAUGUGUAGAAAAAUGUCAUCCUGGAUUUGCCAAGCAGGCUCGAGAAGGAGAGCCUGUUUGCUGCUAUGACUGUGUCCCUUGUUCAGAGGGGACCAUCUCCACUCGGGAAGGCCUUGUUUUAAUCAUCUUCAUUAAAUACCAAGAAACUCCCAUUGUCAAAGCCAACAACCGGGACCUCUCCUUCAUCCUCCUGAUCUUCCUUCUGCUUUGCUUCUUGUCUCCUUUUCUCUUCAUUGGUCAACCAAGGAAAGCCACCUGCCUUCUCCGACAGACAGUUUUCAGCAGCAUCUUCUCAACUGCCAUUUCUUCUCUCUUGGCCAAAACCAUGACCGUUGUGCUGGCUUUCCUGGCCACAAAACCAGGAAACCGAUUAUCUCNAUGGUUGGGGAAGAGCUUGGCCAACUCCAUCAUUCUUUCCUGUUCUGCUGUCCAAAUUAUCAUCUGCUCCACCUGGCUUGGCGUUUUUCCCCCUUUCCCUGACUCUGACCCCCACUCCCAGAAUGGAGAGAUCAUCCUUCAAUGCAAUGAAGCCUCUGUUGUCAUGUUCUACAUCACCCUGAGCUACAUGGGCUUCCUGGCUGCCAUCUGCUUCACAGUGGCUUUCCUGGCCAGGAAUCUCCCUGGGGCCUUCAAUGAAGCUAAGCUGAUCAUCUGGUCUCAGGAGGAUAAUAUAGCACUUGGGGAAGAAGAUGCAGCCCAGAAGCCCAGCACUGGAGGCCAAGAUGGAGAAGACCUGCACGGCCACCAUGAACGUUCCUUUGCUGCUCAA